CGCCGGCCCCGCCACGCCCGCCGGCCCCGGCCCCGCUGCGGCUGCCUGAGGGGGACGGGCGUGUUGGGCUGAGCCGCGCCUUUGGCUUCCGCCGUGAAAACACGGUCCGGUUCCACCCCGAGCGGCUCCUGUGGCCGUGGCUGUGCUUCUCCAGGCUCCUUGAGUACCGGGGAUGAGGAUCCUCAGGCAUCCCGAGAUUUCAGACAAUUGGCCUGGAUACAGUCUGGAUUUGUUCACUUAUCCUCAGCACUACUAUGGAGACCUGGAAUAUGUGCUCAUUCCUCAUGGCAUUAUUGUUGACAGGACAGAACGACUGGCAAAAGAUAUUAUGCAAGACAUUGGAGACAAUGAUAUUGUGGUUCUCUGUGUCCUCAAAGGUGGCUACAAGUUCUGUGCCGAUCUUGUGGAGCACUUUAAAAAUCUUAGCAGAAAUUCAGAAAGGUUCAUCUCCAUGAAAGUCGAUUUUGUUAGACUGAAAAGUUACCACAAUGAUCAGUCCAUGCAAGAUAUGCAGAUAAUCGGAGGAGAUGAUCUUUCAAAGCUGACUGGAAAGAAUGUUCUAAUUGUGGAGGAUAUUGUUGGAACUGGAAGGACCAUGAAGGUUCUGCUUAACAAUAUAGAAAAAUACAAGCCAAAAAUGAUUAAAGUGGCAAGUUUGUUGGUGAAAAGAACAUCUCGACCUGAUGGAUACAGACCAGAUUAUUACGGAUUUGAAAUUCCAGAUUUGUUUGUGGUAGGUUACGCCUUAGACUACAACGAGCACUUCAGAGAUCUAAACCACAUAUGUGUUAUCAAUGAUCAUGGCAAAAAAAAAUACAGAGUCUGAAGCAGUAACAUCUUUGAAGCAGUUUGAAGCAGUAACAUUCAGUAUACACCGGAAUAUUUCUGUGAAGCAGAAAUUUGACUACACUCCCUCAAGCAUCUCCCACAAAAGCGAUUCAACUGACUUGUAUGUCUUUUAACUCAGUAUAAUAAGGGGUUUGCUCUAGAGAUGCUGAUGAAUAUUUACAGAAGUGAGAGCUCUCAUCUAAAAUGUGAAGCAUAGGACUUUUACAGUUACUACCUUUAUUAAGUAUUAAAAUUACCACCUAAGAUGCCUUUGGACUAAUAACUUGUAUGCCUCAGGUCUCAUUGUGAAUGCAUCUUUUCUUUGCUCAGUUCUUCAUUCCACCUACUGCAAUUCAUGUACUUCACUGUGUUGCACAAGAUGGUUAAAAAGUGCCAUUCUGUGCAUGAAGAUUAUUUUACAAGAUUUUACUGACCUCAUCAUGCCUUUAGUCUUGAUCAGAUAUGUUGUUACCAAAUCGAAAGCAUUUUUUAAUUUAAUUCCACAAUUUAAAAGUUUCAGCUGAAGUUCUGUGUUGUGUUGCAGCUCAUUACCUACUCUUCCAAACAAAGUUUUAGCUCUCAGAAUGUGCUGAUUUAGAGUGCAGUCAAAUGAAUCUUUGCAAGACAAUGUUGAUCCAAAAUUGGAAGAUAUAGUGGUUCUGGUAUGUCAUGUAGCCAUAGAUCUGACCUGUUUAAUGUGCUGAAUUUUAAUCAAGACAAAACAAUGCCAGGCAGGUUUGAAUUUCUGCAUGGUAUCCUACUCUAGGACACGAACAAGUAUAAAAAUUAACAGUGUUAUCCUCAGCUUAUACUCUUAACUAAAUCUCAUUAAGCACAGAAGUUUAAUGUUAGUCUGACAACUAUUCAGUUAUGGUUUGAUUUUUGUAAUGUGUCUAAGUAGAGACUUUUUGUAACCAUCUAUCAUCUUUGAGAAUACAAAUUGACAAUACUGAAGAAGACUUGUAUAGAAAAAAAGAGAAAAUGGAUAGGACAACACAGAAAACCAGUUAAUGCAUAAGUGCUGUAGACUCUUGACUCCUUCCUUUAUAGAUUGUGUUUGAAGAAGUUUGUGAAUUUUACAUACUCUAUUAGCUGUGAAAAGUUUAAUUCUGUAUUGAAUAAGUGUUCUUAGAAACUUCCUGAGGGAAACCAAUGCAAAGUAAGUAGCUGUGUGUCAGUAGCUUUGCUCUGAACUGUGAGAGGCAGAUUGUUACUAACUGCAGAUUCCUAUAAACUAAUAAAGAAAUAUUAGGAAUACCUGUUACAUUGCACAG